AUGACGGAUACUACGGACGAUAUCGCGGAGGAAAUUUCGUUCCAGAGCUUCGAAGAUGACUGCAAGCUGCUCGGAAGUCUCUUCAACGACGUCUUGCAGAGAGAAGUCGGCUCCGAUUUCAUGGAGAAAAUCGAACGGACUCGGAUUCUCGCUCAGAGUGCUUUAAAUCUUCGUUUGGCUGGUAUUGAAGACACGGCAGAGCUUCUGGAGAAGCAACUGACUUCUGAAAUAGCAAACAUGUCGCUGGAGGAAGCAUUAACACUGGCUCGUGCAUUCAGCCAUUUCCUUAAUCUGAUGGGCAUUGCCGAAACUCAUCACAGAGUUCGUCGAGUCCGUGACCUUCCACAACUUUCAAGAUCAUGCAACGAUAUAUUCAGUAAGCUAUUGCAAGGUGGUAUUUCCCCUGAUGAGCUUUACGAUACAGUUUGCAAGCAGACGGUUGAAAUUGUUCUUACUGCACACCCCACUCAGAUUAAUCGGCGAACCUUGCAGUACAAACAUAUUAGAAUGGCUCAUCUUCUAGAAUAUAACGAUAGACCAGACCUUGGAUUUGAAGAUCGAGAAACGGUCAUUGAGGAUCUGGUUAGGGAGAUAACUUCACUGUGGCAGACUGAUGAACUUAGACGUCAGAAACCUACUCCUGUUGAUGAAGCUAGGGCUGGUUUGAACAUUGUUGAGCAAUCCCUAUGGAAAGCUGUACCACAUUACUUGCGUCGUGUCAGCAGUUCUUUGAAGAAGUUAACGGGAAAGCCGCUCCCAUUAACUUGCACCCCAAUAAAGUUUGGUUCCUGGAUGGGUGGUGACAGAGAUGGAAAUCCAAAUGUCACGGCAAAGGUCACAAAAGAAGUAUCGCUUAUGUCUAGGUGGAUGGCUAUCGAUCUUUACAUAAGAGAGAUUGAUAGCUUAAGAUUUGAAUUGUCUAUGAAUCGAUGCAGCGAUAGAUUGUCAAGAUUGGCAGAUGAAAUUCUUGAAAAAGAAAUUUCUGAUGAAGAUCACUUUGAAAGUUGGGUUCCGAGUGUUGGUAGAAGCCAAACUAAAUUUCCAAGCCAGCAGGGCUCAUCCCUACCCACUCAACUUCCACCUAGAGCUGACCUUCCCUCCUGUGCUGAUUGUGGUGAAUCAGAGUAUCCCAAGCUUGAAGUUCCUGUGACAGAUUAUAUGCCACUCAAUCGACAGGAUGUUCAAGGCAUUCCCCUUGAUUGCUCCGGUCAUAGUUUGAAUAUCAAGACAGGAAAUGGAACUUCCGUCAACUCUAAUGGUUCUCAGCAAAGUAUUACUCCCCGAGGUUCUUCCUCCUCUUCUCAACUUCUUCUUCAGAAGAAACUGUUAGCGGAUUCUCAGAUAGGAAGGACCAGUUUUCAAAAGCUAUUAGAACCAACUCCACCUAAACGAGCUGGAAUUGCUCCUUAUCGGAUUGUUCUUGGCGAAGUAAAGGAAAAGCUUCUGAAGACACGCAGACUUCUGGAACUUCUUCUAGAGGGUCUUCCAUGUGAAUAUGAUCCUUGGGAUUACUAUGAAACAUCAGAUCAACUUCUGGAACCACUACUUCUCUGCUAUGAAUCUCUGUCAUCUGAUGCCGGAGUUCUAGCUGAUGGCCGGCUUGCUGAUCUGAUCCGUAGAGUUGCAACCUUCGGCAUGGUUUUGAUGAAACUUGAUUUGCGACAGGAAGCUGCAAGGCAUUCUGAAGCUUUAGAUGCAAUUACAACGUACUUGGACAUGGGCUCAUAUAGUGAAUGGAAUGAAGAGAAGAAACUUGAGUUUUUGAUAAGAGAACUGAAAGGGAAACGUCCCCUUGUCCCUCCAAAUAUUGAGGUUGGUCCUGAAGUAAAAGAAGUACUAGACACCUUCCGAGUUGCUGCUGAGCUAGGAAGUGAAUCACUUGGAGCUUACGUGAUUUCCAUGGCUUCAAACGCAAGUGAUGUCCUCGCUGUGGAGCUUUUACAAAAAGAUGCCCGUCUUGCUGUCAGCGGCGAACUAGGGAGGCCAUGUCCUGCUGGAACCCUGCGAGUGGUACCUCUUUUUGAAACGGUGAAGGACUUAAGAGAGGCUGGGUCCGUGAUAAGUAAAUUACUAUCAAUUGAGUGGUACAGAGAACACAUCCAAAAGAACCACACUGGACACCAAGAGGUGAUGGUUGGAUAUUCUGAUUCUGGAAAAGAUGCUGGUCGCUUUACUGCAGCAUGGGAACUUUACAAAGCCCAGGAGGAUGUUGUGGCUGCUUGCAACGAAUUCGGCGUCAAAGUUACCUUGUUUCAUGGACGAGGAGGAAGUAUUGGCCGUGGUGGGGGCCCAACUUAUCUCGCCAUACAAUCCCAGCCUCCAGGUUCUGUGAUGGGUACUCUGCGUUCAACAGAGCAAGGCGAGAUGGUGCAAGCCAAGUUUGGGUUACCACAGACGGCUGUUAGGCAGCUAGAGAUUUACACAACCGCAGUACUUCUUGCUACUUUAGAACCUCCUCAGCCACCUCGAGAAGAUAAAUGGCGGAGUCUAAUGGAAGAUAUUUCCAGCAUCAGCUGCAGAAACUACAGAAGCACUGUCUAUGAAAACCCAGAAUUCCUCUCCUACUUCCAAGAGGCUACACCUCAGGCCGAGCUGGGUUUCCUCAACAUAGGAAGCCGGCCAACACGAAGAAAGAGCUCAUCUGGGAUCGGACAUCUCCGAGCUAUCCCUUGGGUUUUCGCUUGGACCCAGACAAGGUUUGUCCUUCCAGCUUGGCUCGGUGUGGGAGCUGGUCUGAAAGGAGUCUGUGAGAAGGGUCACGCUGAUGAUCUCCAAGCAAUGUACAAAGAAUGGCCCUUCUUUCAGUCCACCAUAGACCUUAUAGAGAUGGUCUUAGCUAAAGCAGACAUCCCAAUAGCCAAACACUACGAUGAAGAGCUUGUCUCGGAGAGCAGAAGAGGACUUGGUACUGAGCUCAGAAAAGAAUUGCUGACUACUGAGAAGUAUGUGCUUGUGAUAAGCGGUCAUGAGAAGCUCUCGGAGAACAAUCGGAGCCUGAAGAAACUGAUAGAGAGUAGACUCCAGUAUCUGAAUCCCUUGAACAUGCUGCAGGUUGAGAUCCUCAAGAGGCUAAGACGUGAUGACGACAACAUCAAGCUCAGAGAUGCUCUACUCAUCACCAUCAACGGUAUUGCAGCUGGAAUGAGGAACACUGGUUAA